GUCCGGGCUCGCAGACAGGAAGCCAGGCCCGGCGCCUGGAAGGCGGAGCCAGCCCCGGGCGGGAGCGGACGCGGCCCCAGGCCUGCGCGGAGCACUGAAGGAUGUUUGUUCCCAGAUCUCUGAAAAUCAAGAGGAGUGCCAGUGAGGACUGCAGAGGUUGUGCGGCUAAGAAGACGAAGCCAGAGACUGAAGCCCCUCCGCUGGAAGAAGGCGGAGAUGGCCCACUGGAGGCCUCUGGGACUACGGAAGGCCCAGCACCAGCCCAGCCCAGCCGCGAGCCGUGCCCCUUGCCCAGGCCGCCUGGCCAGCUGGCCGAGGUGGGUGCGGUAGGCCCGGAGCAGGGGGCGAGGGACGGCCAUCCUGCUGAGGAGCCUGUGAAGUCGUUUUCCAAAUCUCAGCGCUGGCCAGAGCCUGGGGAGCCCGCGUGUGUGGUCUGCGGCCGGUACGGAGAGUAUAUCUGUGAUGAGACGGACGAAGACGUGUGCAGCUUGGAGUGUAAAGCCAAGCACCUGCUACACGUGAGGGACAAGGGCGGGACCCCCGCGCCGAGCAGUCCCUGGGAGGCCGACCCCGAGGCCGACCCUGCGCCGCCCGCCCCUUACGUCUACAGAGAGCACCCCUUUAUCCUGAGCCUGCACGAGGGCCAGGUGGAGCACCUGAGACAGCAGCUGGGGGUCUCCGUUGAAGGGCAGGGAGUCCCCAGGCCCAUCAUCGACUUCGAGCACUGUGGGUUCCCCGAGGCCCUAAAUCACAACUUGAAGACGGCGGGCUAUGAAGUGCCGACCCCCAUCCAGAUGCAGAUGCUGCCCGUGGGCCUGCUGGGCAGAGACAUCCUGGCCAGCGCGGACACCGGCUCGGGGAAAACCGCUGCUUUUCUGCUCCCCGUGAUCGUCCGAGCUUUGUGUGAGAGCAGCUCUCCCUCUGCGCUCAUCCUCACGCCCACGAGAGAGCUGGCUGUCCAGAUAGAGAGACAGGCGAAAGACCUGAUGAGCGGGCUGCCCUGCAUGAAGACCGUGCUGCUCGUGGGGGGCCUCCCCAUGCCGCCGCAGCUGUACCGUUUGCGCCAGCGUGUUAAGGUUAUCAUAGCGACUCCUGGGCGACUUCUGGAUAUAAUAAAACAAAGCUCUGUAGACCUCCGUGGUAUAAAAAUUGUAGUAGUAGAUGAAGCUGACACCAUGUUAAAGAUGGGCUUUCAGCAGCAGGUGCUUGACGUUCUGGAAAGUGUUCCCAGUGACUGUCAGACCCUUCUGGUCUCCGCCACCAUUCCAGCCAGCAUAGAGCAGCUCUCAAGCCAGCUGCUGCACGACCCCGUGAAGAUUUCCGCCGGAGAAAAGAACCUGCCCUGUCCCAGCGUGCGGCAGAUUGUCCUGUGGGUCGAAGACCCAGCCAAAAAGAAGAAACUGUUUGAGAUCUUGAAUGAUAGGAAGCUCUUUAAGCCUCCGGUGUUAGUGUUUGUGGACUGCAAGCUGGGAGCGGAUCUGCUGAGCGACGCAGUGCAGAAGGUCACGGCUCUCAGGAGUGUAUCUGUCCACUCGGAGAAGUCGCAGACAGAGAGGAGGAGCAUCCUGCAGGGGCUCCUGGAAGGAGAUUACGACGUCGUGGUGAGCACGGGCGUCCUGGGCCGAGGCCUGGACUUGAUCAGCGUGAAGCUGGUGGUCAACUUCGACAUGCCCCCGAGCAUGGAUGAGUACGUGCAUCAGGUGGGAAGAGUGGGGCGAUUAGGUCAGCAGGGAACGGCGAUCACGUUCAUCAACAACAACUCCAAGAGACUCUUCUGGGACGUCGCCAAGAGAGUGAAGCCGACGGGCUCCCUGCUGCCCCCGCAGCUGCUGAACUCCCCUUACCUGCACGAGCAGAGGAGGAAGGAGCAGCAGAGGGACAAGCAGGCGCAGAGCGGUCUGGUCACCGGGGCCAACCUCCUGGCCGUCAUUAGGAAGCACGACAGGAGCAACGCCCAGAAGUGACCUUCGCCCCGCCGCUCGGACGUUUGCUGUAAUCGAUUACCGUGUGGUCUGGGUAAACGGCAGUGUACGGGAGCAAAAGCCUUUAAGACGGGAUUUUUAAUAUUUUUAGACGCUUUAUACAAGAUUAUUAUAUAUUUCCCUUUUCAGGUCUUGUAAAUUAAAAACUAAGUGGGAGAUGAAUUGCUAAGUAAAAUAAAAUAUUUUCCC